AUGGCUGAAGACAUAGCUGCAUUCUUAGAAUUCAAAGGAGAUCUUAAACAAAAAGCUGCAAAGGAAAUACAAAGUUUAUGGAAAUUAUUCUGUAAUGUUGACGCAGUUCAGUUAGAAAUUAACCCUCUAGUGGAGACUGAUGAUAAAAAAGUGGUAGCUGUUGACGCUAAAUUGAAUUUUGAUGAUAACGCAAAGUUCAGACAAAAAGAAAUAUUCGCCAUGGACGACGUUUCAGAAAGUGAUCCUAGGGAAGUUGAAGCUGCGAAAUAUAACCUCAAUUAUAUAGGAAUGACUGGAAAUAUUGGGUGUUUGGUGAAUGGUGCUGGUCUCGCUAUGGCGACAAUGGACAUUAUUAAACUCCACGGAGGGGAUCCAGCUAACUUCUUAGAUGUGGGCGGUAGUGUAAAAGAAGAACAAGUAUGUGCUGCCUUUAAAAUAAUCACCUCCGACGAAAAAGUGAAGGCUAUCCUGGUUAAUGUUUUUGGUGGUAUUGUUAAUUGUGCUACCAUCGCUAAUGGUAUUGUCUCCGCAAUGAAAACUACUCAGCUCAAAGUUCCUUUAGUAGUAAGGUUGGAAGGAACAAAUGCCAUUGAAGCAAGAAGAUAAUUAAGCAAUCAGGACUUGACAUCAUUACUGCUGAGGACCUUGAUGAUGCUGCCAGAAAGGCAGUUGCGAGUAUAAAAUAGAAUAUUGCAAUAGUUCUACUUUGAGAUGUAUUUUAUAUCAUGUUGCAUUUGUUAUACAGUUUACAUAAUAAAUUUUGAUUUUAUAACAUA